AUGAAUCUAAGCAGAACUGAAUUUAAUAAUAAUGAUUAUUGGAUGACAGUGCCUGGAUGCAUUCUAGCCUGGGCUCCAAUGAAAUCAAAGCCAAGACUGAUUGCUUCAUCCCUUUUGUAUCUUCUGCAAGUGUUUGUACCAUCACUGUACUUUCUGUGCCUAGGCUUUAUUCUUCAUCAGGUGUAUAAUUCAAAUAUUCUCAUAUCAAAAAACUCACUUGUGUGCAAUUUUAUUAUGAAAGUAGAAAUUAUUGGGCUGUUAUGCUCAGAGUUUAUCACAGUACCUGCCAUAAUAAAACUGAUAUUUGGAUCUUUAGCCGUCUUUAUUUCUAUAACCAGCAGUCCACCUAACGUAGAAUGCCCCGAUCCAUUCGAAAGUAUGAAAGCCAAAAUAAGCUCAUCAAAUAUGCUCAAUAUGGAAUAUCGAUGCUUCAUAAAUAUGAAAAGGGAAGAGGCGUAUUUGAAAGAUGCAGGGCUGUUUUUUACAGAGAUACUUUACAUGCUGUCAGAGAAAAAAAUUCUAGCUGCUUUUUUGCUCUUUUUUCAGUUUCGAAAAUUUUGA